UUUCUAUGAUUUAUAUAGGCAAUCCAAAAUUUCAUUCAAUUAUCUGGAGUAAUGAGGAUGCAAGAUCCUUUUUACUUUUGGCUGGAUUUGAAGAGGUUAAAUAUAAAUUAUAUAACUUAAUUUGUGUUGCAUAAGCUUGUCAAACUUACUAGGAGUAAAAAAAAAUACCUGUGGUUCCGGUUUCAUAUCGUGAAAAAAUUAGGGUCGGUAGGUCGGAAAUAAAGGGCGAUUUGGUUUAAUAAUUAGUGUGACAACAGACGCCAUUUUGGCACGCUGUACCUGUACGAGCAGCCCGCCUGGAGACCACCUGGAGAAAAUAGACCACCUGGAGCGGACCACCUGGAGAAAAUAGGGUCGCACAGGCGGUCGCGUUGAAAAAAAUAAUAGGGUUGGCAGAAAAAAAUAGGGUCGGUCGGGAACUGGAACCACAGGUAUUUUUUUUACACCUUAUACAGUGUAUACAUCUACAGUAUGUAAUUCAUGCAGCCCCUGCUGUACUGUAUAUUAUUAACCCAUUAUUAAAGUUGCAUUACACCCAAUGUGCAUUACUUUAUUAUUUCACUCUGUCUAACGCCAGACAACUUGUCACAGGGAGUGUGCAGUGAGUGGCACUCAAUGGGUUGUUAAAUCAUAUAAUUUUCUGUUACUUUAGUCUGAUGACUUCUUGGUGUUACCAGAAGGAGUGCAUCUUGAUGAAGUAAAAGCUACAUUGGAUACUGUAAACGUAGAUAAUGUACAGGCUAAUCCAGAUACCAACACCAAACUCACCACAUCACAACAACAACCUCCAACCAGCAGUGUUCUAAAGUUGAGAGGGUCAGCAGGUACUUCAUACAGUUAGUUGUAUGCAGGGGCAACAAGAGGUUGCGUGGGGCCUGGGGCAAAACUUUCCCAGGGGUCUCUACGAUGUCAUAAUUGUAAAACAGGACAAGUAAUGUUCUACAUUACUGAAUAUUUUACUUUAUUGCAUAUUAUCUGGCACAGACACAACUAAAGCCCUGUUUACACUACGCUCAAUUUUUGGUACGGCACGGAUAAAAUUGGUACCCGUACCACUUUUUUUGGUUUUUGGACUAUCUAUUUAGCUAAGCCCCGUUUACACUACGCUCAAUCUUUGGUACCAUACCACUUUUUGGUUCUUGGACUACCUAAAUAGGUAGUCCAAGAACCAAAAAAGUGGUACAGGUACCAAUUUUAUCCAUGCCGUACCAAAAAUUGAGCGUAGUGGUAUAUUUUCCUGUGUUGCGAAAAUUUAAGAAACUUUGUUGCAUUGAAGACAUGUAACUUGAGCUAGGGGCCAAGACAAACUGCCCCCCUCCCCCCCAUACUGGUUGUAUGUACUGUACAUGUAUGUAUUGUACUUGAAUGUACUGUAACCUGACGUUUAUCCCCAAUUCCUAACGCAGGGUUUGUCUUUAUACAUUAGAUUCCAGUAUGUUUGAUGAGACUGUGAAAGCAGAUAUGACACUUUUGUCAUACAUGAAAGAAAUGGGUAAGUCAGAAUAGAAUUUAUGAUUGUAAUGUUGAAGUUAUGUUUCCAAAAUGAAACCUGCAUCUUGAAAUCCUUGGAUUGGACUCAGGGUCUGAGUUCAGUAUGCCAAUAUCCACAGGAUACUAAAUUUGAUUUUGGAUACCAAACUGCGAAUGACUUGUAUCCGAUUGGAAUAUAUUACAAAUUUUCAAACAUUAGGAUAAUGUUAAAUGUCACUGGUAGGCUCCCAACAGCUUUGAAUACUAUGAGUCUCAGCCUUCUUGAGUCUCUGGUUGUUACUGAGCAUUUUAACAACUACUGAGCAUUUUAACAAAACACAAAACAAGUGUAACUCUGAAGAUAUGGUGACCAGUAGUGUGGGAUACUGGAUUCUCAGAUGGGAUACUAGUACUUGGAUAAUUUUUUUUUUAAAUUUCAUACCCUGCAGCCAAACGUCAAGGUUACAGUACUAUCAAUGUUUAACCCACUGCAGGAUGUUAAAAUUAUUAAUUAUUAUACAGGGUGUAUAAAAAAAGGUAAUCGAACUUCAGCGCGCUAUUAUACGUGAAUCACUGGGCGUAUGAACAAUUGGUUUUCAUAUUCGGAAAGAUCAGGCGUUUAGUUAUUGAAUGACAUGCUUUUCAUACCAAGUGGAGAAAAAAUAAGCGCGUACGAGGCCGAUCAAAAAUGUUAGUCAAAAUUGCAUAUUUUCACCUCUGUGCCUAAUUAAAGCAAUGCCUAACAAAAGAAAAAGCAAUUAAUCACGAACGUGUCGUAGCUUAGCUAAUUUAUUUAUUAUUCCUACUAUAUUUAUUUAUUAUUCCUACUACUAUAUUAUUCCUACUUAAUAAUAAUUAUGAAUAUGUGCGUCGUUCAUUGUGAAAUUCAUCAACUUAAGUACCAAAGGGGGUUCAUUUUCAAUGGUUUUAGACCCAACUCUCAACAGUGAAAAUAUGCGAUUCUGACUAACAUUUUUUAUCGGAUUCGCAUUUGCUCAUUUUUUAUCCAUUUGGCAUGAAGAAGAUAUCAUUCAAUAGCUAAAAGCAUGAUCUUUCUCGUUCAUACGCAGAGUAAUUCAGAUACAAUAGCGCGCUGAAGUUCAAUUACGUUUUUUUUUAUACUGUACACCCUGUACAUGUAAAUCUGGUCAACAUGUCAGGCUGUCAACUGGGUAUAUUUUAUUAUUGAAAGGAUUUGAUGUGGCUGUUGCUGAGAAAGCUUUGUUGAUAACUAAGAACCAAGGAGUUCAACCUGCAAUUGACUGGUACAGUACUGUUUAUGUAUGUCUUAACCCAUUGAGUGCCAGCACUUUCCCCUUGACCAGUAAAACUGUCUAACGGUGGACAAUAAUACAGUAGGGCACAAUAUGUCACUUAACAUACAGUACCUAUAUGAUACAGUAGAUAUGCGAGAAUGACAUGGCAUGAAAAACAGUGCUAUCGUAACAAGGCGGCGGCCGGAACACCGGCGGUUGUUAUCAGGUUGACCAUUGUCUUCUUUCUUUGUAAUCUAUUGUGCAUCAAUGUCGCCUUUAACCAAUAAAUAGCAAGAAUAAACUAAUAAAGUCAGAUUUGUACAAAUUAAUUACUGUAUUGUAUAAAUCCCAGAACUAGCUACAACCUUACUAUACCAAUGCGAUGAAGAUUUGAAGAAGAAAUGUUUGGCAGAAAUCUGACCAACUUAGAGUUCAAGUCACAAGUUGAGUCAUUUCAGUGUCUGAGCGAGUCUCUCGAGUGUAAUGUGUCCCUGUGAUUCGAUUCCUGCCAGAUGGCCUAUACUGUACAGUACAUGUAGUUGCAGCUGCCCCUGGUUAGGUCUAAAAAUGCAUGUACAGUAUACAUGUACCUGAAAUUUCUAGGAUCAACAGCAAUCCUGAUAAAGUGACUGAAAUCCAAAUGGCACAAUUCCAUCAACCAAGCACGCCCAGUGAAACUGUUGUACAAGAAAAGAUUGGAGAUAACCGUCAUGCUCAUCCUGUUGCAACAACUUCUGAAGUAUGUGAAACAUAAUUGGUCUGGUUCAUAAAAAAUACGGUUCAUGAUUUGGUCCCACCAUUUCAUCGGAUCUUAACCAAUAGUUACUUGACCAUCUAGCUAGGCAUAACUAACGAACGGUUCCUAAUGUCUAUACAACUACUGUAUAGGUAACCAUACUCUUCUACUAAGACCGUUAAUUUUGCACUAUAUUUAACCUUUGUUUAAAUUAAAUUGACAUCGUUUGAAGUAUUAUUUGUAUUUUUGAAAUUUCAAGGCAGGUCCAGUUUCACGAUAUCAAACUACUAUUGAUGAAAGACAUCGCUUUCAAGAACGAGUUAGAUUGGAAGCAAUUGAAGCAGCAAGGUACAAUUACAUGUUAUUAACAAAUUUUUCACACUGAAACAGGAUACAAAGCUUUAAUAGGUCAACAUUUUUGAAAACGAUGCUUGUGAUGUUACUCUGAGUGUAUAGCCUAUAGGAACUAGACUCGGUUCCGAAAUAUCACAUACUCGAACCGACCUGACCGCGUAGUUCAGUUGGCAGAGCAUUGGGCUAGUAUUCCAAAGGUCGUACUGUAGGUUCGGUUCCCACCGUGGCCAGGCAUAUUUUUCAAGCUUGCCCGGUGUGGAUAUACACUCAGAGUAACAUCACAAGCAUCAUAUUCACCUAAGUACAUUACACCAACACAGAAAAAAUCAUUUUUGAAAACAUUAGGCAUUUUUACAACAUAACAUUUACAAUAUACUGUAAUUAUCUACAAUCUCCAUAACAAAUACUAUUAAUUGUAGAUUGUAAAAUUAUAGUUAAAAUAAAUUAUCAUACUUUUGAAAAUAUUUACAGUUAUACCUUAUUCAAGUUUUUUUUGUACUGAACAUACAAAAGUGAAUAGCAUUACUGUACAUGCAGGAUCGAAACGUUACUUCUUAGUCAAUUAGCUCUUGUUCAAAUACAUAAGGCGUUGUACUGUACCUAUAAAACCUACAGUAAAUCUGAAUAAAAUUUUGUUUAUUAAGAUUAGAAAAGGCUGAACAGAAAAGACAAAAACAAUAUCUGUUGAAGAAUCUUGAAGAUGAGAAAAAAGAACGAAGAGAAAAGGUACAUACGUAUUACCUCUAGUACAACUGCAUGAGUGCAAUUUCUUCCAUAAAUGCCUCCUCCCCUAAACAAAUGCAAAGUGGAAGGGGAAUGUUCGGCAAUUCCUAGGUGUAUGUUUACCGGCUGCGAAGGCAUACAUGCAUUACAGUACUUCAUAUGAUUAUUUGUUUGUUUGCAUGGUGAUAAUAUAAUAUUUGUUUUGGUUUGUGGAAAACUCCACGUACAGUAUUGAAGAAUCUUAUAUUAUUAGCGCUGAUGAAGAUCGAAGCUUGUACGGAUCGAAACGAAAGCUUUGCAAUAACAAUACAUGUACAUGUACAGUACUACUUGCUAUCUGCGUACUUACUUUUUGCUAGUACAUACUUUACCAAGCCCAAGAUAUUCAUCACCGUAAUUUAGUUGGUAUAUCAUGUGUAAGUCUGACAUGUCUUGGCAUAAAAUAUGAUUGGACUGAUGGCAUGACUAAGAAAUGUUGGAGUCGAUUGUUUGUAUACUGUAUGCUAUUGUGCGUAGUUUGACUAUACUUUUCAGAAAUCUGUAUUAUAUGUACUUUACUGUAAAGACUAGGUACACAUCGAGUAUUGAAUUUGUACUAGCUCAAGUACCUAAUAAUCAUUGACGUACCAGUCGGGUACGACUAAAAUUUUUGAAUUAUCGCACCCUCAAUGCUGCCAUCUCAUUGUAUGUUCCUGACUCCUGAGGACAUCUUCGAAUGUGCAAUCAAGUUAAUCCUGAAAGGCAAAGUAGGACACGAUUGAAAAUUUCUCAUUUUGAUUCUUAGGGUGAAAGGGUAAAAAGUAUGAGAAUGCACGAUGGCUCUGCGACAACGCCUGGCACAGGGGAAGGGUCACAUGAGACAGGAGAAUCUGAAGACAACGACAGCUUGUCUCUACGAAUAAGGCUACCCGAUGGCAAA